AUAUUAAAUCAAUCAUGGAACCUUAUAUGACCAUACAAGCCAUGCUUUUAAAUCAACUAAACCCUGAAGCCCUGCACUACCUCAUGUCUAACUGGUGACAUCAUGAAGUAUUAGGCUGGCUAGAUGCUCAGCAAGAAGUAACUCAAUCCACAAGGUCGUACAUUAGCGUUAGAAACACUUCUGGAAUUGUAAAAGAGAAUUCAAACAAAGUAUUUAAAACCAGAUCAAGCUCUCAAAACCAUGAAGAGAGCAAGGAUAGCCCCUUACCUCAAUCAAGCCAGCAGAUGCACUACGAGACCUACAAGCAAAUCAAAUCAAUCACCACCAAAGACACUCCUGGAAUUUCAAAAACUCAGAUCUAUGAGAAACUCCUCAAGCCAUUCAAACACCAGAAAAGAGUGGUCAGGACUCCAGUCACUAACAAAGAGACUGCUGUAUACAUCUGAAAGUACGAAGGGUGUGACAAAGAGUACACCAAGAUCUGGAAUCUGCUCGACCACGUCCGCAUGCACGAAGGCAUCAAGCCUUACCAGUGCGACUCGUGCUCGAAGUCGUUCACGCAGAAGGGAAACCUCAAGAAGCACAUGAAGCAGCAUCAGCUAAAGACUCUGGGCGAGAGAAAGAAAUUCGAAUGCAGAGUCUGCAAGAGAAAAUACACUGAGAAGUACAACCUCAAGGCUCACAUGAAAACUCAUGAGUAAACCUAAACAUCAAUAAAUAUAAGAGCAAUUAUGGAGGGAGACAAGGGAAGACAUCUAAUUAUAAUUAUUCCUAAAAAUUCAUUGAAUCCUUAUCUACUUCAUUUGAUUGCAAAUUCAAUCGAAAUGAACGCAUCUGGGAGCUUUUCAUAAGAUCUUUGAGGAAUUUGAUGGUUGGGUUUCUGGAAAAAAAUAUUUUUAAAAUUGUUCAAAUAAGUUAGAAACGUUGAGUCUCUUUUAGUAAUGCAUCAGUAAGCAUCCUCUGAGGUUAUCUACCUGUCUUUUCAUGUGUUUCAUACCACAAGAACUCUCCAAACAAAAGUUCAGACUGAAACCUUAGAUUUGCGAAAACUCAUUUAGAUGAUUGUAUCUCUAACUCUAUGCAUUAAGUUCAGUCUAUAAUUAAAUUUAUUAAAUUUACCCAUUUUGUGUCGUGACUUGAUUUGUAAUGUACUCACGAUAACAUUCAAAAUAAUUUAUGUAGUUCUUCUGAAAUCUGAGGGAUAGAGGUUUACUAGUGUCAACCAAUUUGAAUCUUGAUAUUAUCAUUUUGAAUACCAAAAGCCGAAUUCCAAAUUUUUACCGGUUGAUAGCCUUAUUUGGAACGAGAGAGACGAGAAUGGCCUCUUGAAGAGGUGGGAACAUGUUAUUUAUAGUGGAUACAGUACAAAGACUCGGUAUAGCUCUCUUGUGUUUAUCUCUAAGCCUAUCCAAAUUCGUCUUCUUGGGAAUGUGCUAAACAAGUCUGAUACUUGGUUGCGAGAUUUCUUAAAUUAUCUAAGCUAGUAUGGCAGUUAGACUUAGGUUUUAUUAGCAAAUCCAACCUGUGAGCAUUCUUAGAUGUUCUGCAGAUAUUUAUAAUCGAAGGGAUAAGAGGCUGUUUACUAUGAGUAGGAUCUCAAUGUUU